GGAAGUGUACACGCGCUGUGACCGUUAUCCGCGCCCGCGCUGUUGAGGUAACUGUGCUCCCGGAGACAGAUCCGCCCCUCACGGGGUCCCAGGGGCGGAGGAGACCGGAGACACCCGGCCGUGACAGAGGAGGCGCCCCCUGUGUAGUGUCCUGCGGGCUGCUGCACCUAUGGCCAUGGCUGUGUGUAUGGAAGAGCCAAUGGGAGAAGCUGGCCAGAGAAGGAGACUCCCACCAAAGGAGAAGAAGCUGAACACAAUCAAAAAAUUCCCUCUUAGGUGUGAAGUAUGCGGUGGAGCCAUCUGCUUAGCCCUCCACGCACCUGCAGGACACUCCUGUUUGAACAGCUCAGAUUAUGCAGAAUAUCCAGGUGCAUUAUACAGCAGUUCAUCUGAUACUGCAGGUAGAGGAGGAGGACACGUCAAGUCCAUCAGGGGUCCACGCCGAUGACGAAAUGACAGCGACUGGUCCAGUUUCGGAUAAGCUGGCCAGGCUCCGGUAGACGGCCGGCAGACGCCCGAAUACACAAUUUCAGGAAUCUAUAACUGGCUGGUGGAUCCAAUGAGUCUGUACCAGAGUCAGAAGAUAGCCAUUUUCUAUGGGAUAGUAGUGGUAUUUGCUAUUGGCUGGGGCACCUCCACCUACUUCCGAUGUAGCACACUUCUAUUAUUGCCAAAUGCUCUGGGUCAAGAGGGCGGCGCCUUGUUGCUGGUCUUUGUCAUGGCAUCUAUCUAUGCAGGACCGGUCAGUAACCUGGAGCACAACAUGGAGGAGGCGCUGCGAUCCGUCGGCUGUAUCGCUGAACUACAGAUUAACCACACAAAGCUGAUCUGGGACGCCAUGACAACGCCUCUGAAAACCAUCGCUGGUGAUCUGGUGAAAGUUUCCAAGGAAUUGAGAAGAGACAGUGAUAACAUUAAGAAAUUGUUUAAGGUGACAGAGGAUGAGAUGGAAAGUACUGAGGGCUACAACGUGGAGAAGGAGAGAGUACUGGAGGAGAAGGUGGAAGAGGAGAACAAGUCACUGACUACACAGCAGAAGUUUGACUUUAAAACCAUGUUGCGCUGCGAGUAUGUGAUUGAGAAAGGUGUGGAGAAAUGCCACGACUGGUUUCACAAGAAGCAUGAGGACUGUAUGUCGCUGAUCAGGCUCCCCAUUCUCAACACUCUUCUCUGCCUGCCUAUGAAGUUCACAUUCCUCUGCAACAUCCUCAAUGUGAUGAACGUCUGGUGCAAGAACAAUCUGCCAUUUGGAGACAACUUUGGAAAUCUGUUUGACAUGGUCAACGCGACGUUGAUGAAUAUGACUAGCGGUUUCUCUAUCGAGAAGACCGUAAGAACUCGGAACACAUUUGUUGGACUCGACAUAUCGGAGAAGCUCAUCACCGAGGACAUCAGGGAGAACAUCAGCAGGAAGAGGGUGCUGAUAGAGAAGGCUAAGUCACUCCUGGAGAUCAUUCUGUCCUGCGCCUUUAUUUUCCUCUUCAUCACGGCGUAUAAUUACACCAACUAUUAUAACACCGACUUCCUCUGGGACAACUUCUACGUGACCACGUAUUUCAUGCAGAUUGACGCACGCAGGAGAAAACACGGAAAGAGGCACCUGUUACCACUCCUAAAAACUGAGAAGGCUGAUUUUGUGUUUCCAUUGAAGCUGGCCCUCCAGGGUCCGGAGCUGAAGGUUAUGGUGAAGGAGUUUUCACAAUGUCUACCCGUUGUCAUUCUCCUUAUCAUGGCCAUCAUCUUCGACCGGACCCUCUUCAACCUCUUACAUAUAAUUUCAAAGCAUUCCCAGGUGUCCUACAACUUCUCCAGCCAUCACAGGCUGGAGAUAUUUGUAGGGGGUGAGUCGAUCAUCGCUCGGCUUCUGCAGAAAACAAUCAGUGCGUUCAACACCUCGUCCGCUACAUUGCACCUCAGCAGCCUCACUGUGUGCCUUCCACAGCCGGUCACCAUGGACUACAUGGACUAUCUGUGGACCUGCUUUCCUGUGGUCGGCCUCCUGUUAAACUGCAUACUACAUGUCUACUGCUACCGGCUUCGCAGGGUGGUGGCGUCGUUUUUCUUCCCACAGAGAGAAAAGGCCAGAGUUCUCUUUUUAUAUAAUACGUCCCUGAUGAAUAGAGGCGAUUACAUCAACACCAUGCGCAAGAGAAUUCUGAAGAAAUUCAGGGACCGCCACCCGGUGAUUAUAGCUUUGAUGGACUUAUUCCCAUGGUUGCGAGUCAUCAUUCGCCGACGGUGUAUAGUGUGUGACGAGAGUGAGAGCAGAUCCUCCUAUGUCUGCCCUACUGGACCAUGUGGCGCAGUCUACUGUCGGCAGUGCUGGAUUGUGAUGGGAAGUGUCUGCUACAUCUGUAAGCCGCGUGACCAUCCCAUCCGUUACCCCACUAAAGACUUCAAUUAGGUUACUUGCACUCACAAGAUUCCUGUUUAUUUAUCCGUUGUGUAGAAAUGUCAUCCAGUUUAUGCUUAAUGUUAUUCUGUUUUAUUCACACCUUGUUAUUCGUGUUACACUUUAUAGCGUUUGUUUUGUGACGUCUCCUGACAGUUACGCAGGUUUUCCUGUUUUUUGCGUGAGGCAAUGAUUGCAUUAUAUUGUUUUGUUGUUCUAUUUGUUUGUGUACUGUUGUGAAUUUUAUCUUUGAAAGUAAUAGAAAUUACAUAAUAAAAAGGAACUCUUGCAAAUCUG